AUUGCUUCAAGAUACAGAAAAACUCGUAACAGAAAUAUAAACAUGAGAGAAAAGGAAGGGGGUGAUAGAAGAUAACCUCUAGGUGUCUAACCACCAGUAGUUCUCAGAUACUGAGCUCAACGUACCCAAUUUGUAAAAGUUGCAUUAGAUUAGAACCCAAUUCUCAUCUUCAUCAAUAUUGAUAUAUCAGCAUUGCAGAGAUGAGAUUCGUCAUGUCAGUUCUCUACUUUCUUGUAUUCUUUUCUUAUGCAGCUGCAUAUGAUCCAUUGGAUCCCAACGGGAACAUAACAAUAAAAUGGGAUAUAAUGUCCUGGACUCCAGAUGGCUAUGUGGCAGUUGUGACAAUGAACAAUUUUCAGAUGUACCGGCACAUCAUGAGCCCUGGCUGGACCUUAGGAUGGACAUGGGCUAAAAAAGAGGUGAUAUGGUCUAUGGUGGGGGCUCAAACCACCGAGCAAGGUGACUGCUCCAAAUUCAAAGUGAAUGUCCCACAUUGUUGCAAGAAGAAUCCUACUGUUGUAGAUUUGCUUCCUGGUGUGCCUUACAACCAGCAAUUUCAGAACUGCUGCAAAGGUGGGGUGGUGUCAUCAUGGGGCCAAGACCCCACAUCUUCUGUAUCGUCUUUCCAGGUCAGCAUUGGGCUUGCUGGGACUUCAAACAAGACUGUGAAACUUCCCAAGAACUUCACUUUGCUAGGUCCAGGACCGGGGUAUACCUGUGGCCCUGCCAAGAAGAAUCCUACUGUUGUAGAUUUAAUUCUUCGGCUUCUACUAUUAGUCAACAAGAUCAGGAGAAUACUGUUAAUAACUUUACUGGAUGUCCCAAAACAGAGCUUAUUUUUAACUUUAAUAGACUCCAUACCUUCCUGCAACAUAGGGUACUCCCUUAAGAGAACUAUUUGGAUUUUCUCCUUGUAACCCCAAUAUAAUGUCGGUCAUUUCUCGAACAAUUUUGGGAUCUUCACUAUAGCUCUCAUAACACCGACCCCAUCUAGGGUCUCUACAAAC